AUGGCACGCUUAUGGCCUUUCCUCGUCCUUCUCCAGCACGUAGCUGGGCAUGCUGUCUCGGAAGCCGGCUGUUUAUUGCAGUUGAAGACGCGUUUCACAGGAAAGGCUGUUGACAUCGUGCACAUUUUGUCUAUGGGCCGCGAGGCGUCUUGCUUUGUUCGGGACUUAGUUUCUGUAAACGGGUCUCAUCCGACAAUCCAUGAGCCGUUGGGUGGGCUCGUGGAAGGUCACAGCAUAAUCUCGAUGUCAGCACAUCGUUCAGAUUCAGCUCUGCAGUGCCUCUACGAUUGUCAUAAUUGCACAGUCGGUGCUGUCAACAGUGGUUCAUAUUCAAAUUUGCAGGACUACUGUAAAGAAGUGGACGGUACAUCCAGCAGCAGGCCUUACCUGGUUAUCAAGACCACCCGCGUCGUGGAUCAUGGGGCCUUGGUAAGAGCCGUUCCGCCCAACUACUUGGCCUCAGCAAGAUUUGUUGUGCUGUUGCGCGACCCACGUGGAGUGUGGUCUUCCACCAAGCCUUUCGUUGGCUGGGCCAUUCAUUCCAUUCCCUUGAUUUGUGAGCUCUUGGCGCUACAAGCUCUGACUCUGCCAGAACUGGCCUCCGCUGUUGGCCCACGCUUGUUGAUUGGGAUUUAUGAGCGCUGGACACUCAACACAGCUCAAUUUGCCGGCCAAAUCGCACGACUCCUUGAUGCAGACUUGCAACAGUUCCUGCCGGUAGGAAAAGAUGGACAGCGAGCAAAAGACGAGCUGCUUCCGCCAUCGUGGGUAACUUCCCUCACAACUGCUGAGCUGAGCCAGAUCGAAAACGAUGCUAACUGCAGGGCCUACAUGGAAAGAGUUGGCUACCCUGCAGGGUCUUCGAACACUUCCCAGAUCAAGAGUCAUUCAGGUCUCAUCAGUGCUCUGACGCCAAAGGAGGAGGACGUUCUACACCAGCUCCGUGCGAAGCAAUCUGCCCUCCAAAUCUCCGCUAACGAUUUGCCAGAACAGAUGAAAUUGGUAUUCACACCUGCGAAAUUGCGCUGA